AUGUCCCGCUACAACAGCCGAUACGACGACGACGAGGGCUACUCCAGCUCCGACUCCACCCUCGUGAACGAACGCCAGCGCCGACCCGCACCCACGCGACCACGACAGAGCAGAUAUCGCACCCCAUCCUCCUCCCGCUCACGCUCACGCUCCCGCUCCCGCUCCCCACCGCCUCGACCCCGAACCUCAUACCAUCACGACGACACCCAUUCCACCCGCUCCGCCCGAACAGCAGAAACGCCCGGCUCAGGCGGCUCCAAAUUCGACACCCUCGGCAAAGCCACAAUAGCCAUCGGCAUCAUCUCCGUCCUCUCCGGCCUGCUGCAAAUCUGGAACACGAAAAAAACCGCCGAGCGGGAACGACAGGAUAAACGUCGACGGCGGGAGAUGUUUGAGCGAUCAAAGGUACAGCGGAGACGGGAGGAGGCGAAAGUGGAGGAUGAGAGGCGCAGACGGAGGGAUAGGGCGAGGUGGGAGGAGGAGAGGAGUGAGGUUAGUGAUGUGAGGCGGAUUGGGUAUGCGGGGCGGGCGAGGGAGGAGGAGUCGCUGCCGAGGCAGAUUCGCAUGAUUGAGGGUGGGGAGGGAGAGGGAGAGGGAGGUGGAGGUGGGAGGAGGAGGGGUGGGGUUGGCGAUGAUGUCGGGUAUGAGGAUGAUUAUCGAUCGAGGCGAGGACGAUGA